AUACCCGGUAUACCUGGGAGAGGGCCCGAGGGCCGCUUCCGUUCCGUUCCGUUCCUUCGUCGAGCGCGGAGGGAUUAUCGCGCCGAGAAUCCGAGAACCCUUCCGCCGCUUCACUGAACCUUCGUUGAAAAAAAAAAAAAAUCUUUGCUGGAUUGAAACCAAAAAUUUGGUGCACUUGAUUAUAAAUUUGUUUGUUGAAAAACGACCGACUGAAGGUUUAAUAAUUGCAACCACGAACUUGUGUCGAUCUUGACGAAUUUGCAUAUGUUUUGCUUUUUCAAUAAUAUAUAUAUGUUUGCUUGGCACAAGUAGAAAUGUUGUAUUGUCAACCAAAUCUGUAGCAAAUAUUUUAUUUAGUUUCAAGUUAAAAAAAAUAAGUUUUCUUUUAGUUUUGCUUAUAGUUUUCGUCGUUUGAUUUGCCCCACGAAACGAAAGAUCUUCACGUAAUUCGAUAAUACGUAUGCGUUGAAUUUAUGUAUAACUAUGCAAAAUUGUUUAAAAAUACAAAAUCUUACUUUUAAUUGAUCGUAAGGAAAUCAAAAGGCGAGUCUGAUAAAGCUAGAAGAGAUUUGAUAAUUGUGAGAAUAAUUAAAGAGAACAAAUAAUAAUUAAAAUAAAUAACGAACAAGAUGAAAUAAUGAGGGAUAACAUGAGAUUCUACUUGACACAUUUUACAAAAUUUCACACUUACGUACUGUGAACAAUAAACACACCUACGAAUGAAGUGGAGCUAACGGUGGAGCAGUAUUUUCAGAGUUGUAAAGAGCUACACGCAUGCUCAUUGAAUAAGUUAAAGAGUGUUUCUCUUGAAUGUACGCCAGAGUGCUAUAGUUAGACACAAUUUAUCUGUAUAACUUUUCAAAGUUGGAAAGAAAGAUGCCAAAAAGCACUCCCCGACACCUCGUGAAACACGAGAUAGUUUAGUAAUUUAUUUAUUUUUCUGAUAUCACAAAUAUAUUGUGUUCUACAAGACAUCAGAAUUAUAGUCCGAGAUAUCCUCAUUAGCAUGAUGAACCACUCGAGUUUUCAUUAUCGUAGACCUUUAUCGUUAUUCGAGUAGCAGCGCUCCGAUACGCGGAAAAGAAAUGCAAAGUUUCCGUCGAUUGUUACGCGGCUUGAUUUUCGGAGCGUUACGACGCUCCGUGCCAAGUUCAGGUCGUAACAAGAUGGAAAGGAUUCAGGGGUCCCGUCCUUCCUCCUCGCGAUACCUUCUUCCUUUUUUUUUUUUCAACAGGUCGCGGUCACGGCGUCACGCCACGUGAACCGCGCUUCGCUUCUCGCUCUGAUACUUUCCCCCGUCUAUUUAGCAUUGAUCUUGAACUCCAUCGCGUAAUAGAGAUUUUUAAGAUUAGGAGCGAAUACGCGGAGUGCGUUGACCCUCCGGGGGCGAGAUGAUGAUCCCCAACCUACGUCUCCGACUGAGCCACGACGAGCCGAUAAUUGCCAAACGCACCGGAAAUCUCCGUUACGUGAUCACCGUGGGAUGCGAUCUCGUGACAUCUCCCGCUCUCGUUAGAUUUCGUGGAAAUAAUUUCACGUUUUACUCUCUCGCCGGACGCGUACACAACUUAACUGUAACGCGGGCUAUCUGUAUCCGCAAUCAAAUAGAAUUUAAUUUAUCGGGACUGUUCUCUUUCCGUUUCCUUCCGUAUAAAAAAAAAAAGAUACCCGUGCCCGAAAAGCAUUAAUAAUACAAAAAGCCAUGCGUACACGCCGUGCGGACGUAUUUUUGGUGUCCAGACGGGACUCCAUUUCGGGCCACGGUACGAGAAUACCGCGCACGGGGACCAAUGGCGUACGUCUAUGUAAAUAUGUAAAUACGUAAACCGUGGCGGGAAACACAGCCGGGACCCCUCUCCUCCUUUCUUUCGGCAAAACGAGAACAGGUUCCCGGCGGCUUUUCUAAACCUCCGGAAUGUACCGGCUUCGGACAGAUCUUAGCCGUCCGCAGGUAGUUGAUUUAGGAAUUGCCUAUGCGCGAUAAUUACAGGGGAGCCAAGAUCGAGGAUUAAUUGCGACGCCCUUUUUUUUUCUACGUGUCUCCUUCGUAUAUUAUCACACGCGCUUCUUGUCGCUGCGAAGAACGUUAGAAUACCGUGAAGGAAAUGUCGCUUCAAUUACCGGCACGUAUUAUUCAGUCUUGUGACUGUAGGUUUUUUAUACUGGCGAUCUCUUCUUUUUUUAUAUGCGAUUCUCAGGAUCUUAGAUUUUUGCGUUCUUAAGAUUUGAAAUUUUGCAAAUAUAAAAUCUCAAGCAUAAAUUAUUCUGUUAGUAUAUUCAUGUUUUCAAAAUCAACAACGUUAGUCUUAGAUCAAUGCAACGACUUAAAGUUUUUUUUUUUUUUUGGUUAAGAGAUUUAACAAAAUAGAAUUUGAAAACAUUAUCAUAAUACAAUAAUAGAGUGGCAUAUUUGUAAUCCUAGGAGAUUGAUAUGAUCACAUAAGAAUCUCGCAUGUUCUUAAAACUACGCGCAUAUCUAGGAUCGCUAGAUUCAUGUAUUAUCCGAUUUUCGAGCUGCGGAAUAAUCAGACCCAACCACGCUAUUCCAGAGUUUCUUAGUCGUGUAAAUUCUAGAAGCUGAAAACACGCUCUUGAAUAGAAUAAUUUAUUUAUUUUAGCUUGAAUACCGAGAAGGGGCUUGGUUUGCAAUUUUGCCCUAAUAUCCUUCCCUUAUAAUUAUUUAACUGGCUAAAAUCUAAGACACAUAUCGCCAUGCAAUUUUUCUAUCUUAUAUAACACAGUCCCUUUUAUAUCUAUUUGUUUAUUCACUCAUCGUUUUCACUUACUAUUCACUCACAGAAAAAUAUUUAUUUUACUGUCAAGAAAAGCGAUUAUACUCAAUUUACAUUUUUCCUUCUAAUAAGUAAGGGUUAUCUUCAAUAAAGAACAUUUUCUUGAUAGUAGUCUUAUAUAAAAUAUACUUACAAAUUUCAGAAAAAUUUAUCAUCAUAAACUUUAAAAAAAUUUAUACUUUUUCAAAGAAUAUUAUAAAAUUGAAUUAAAGAAAAGUCAAAGUAAUAAGUAAAUCAAACUUUUAUUUUAAUUUUAUAUUCUUAGUUGUAGUAUUCAAUUACUAGGAUUCAGAAUAUAUUUUGAUUAAAUUUGUUACUUAUGAUGAAUUUAUGAUAGAUUUCCGGAUAUAUGUAUAAACUUAUAAAUUAUUUAAAAUAAGUAAUACUUAUUUAAUUCAAAUACAUAUUUUUUGUGUGUGUUCACGAAAGUUUAUUUUGAGUCAAUCUUAUUUGUUUUAAAUAAACGAUGAGUGUAUUUUACGUCUAGUUAUCAGGGAGAUGUUCUUUACAAAAUUAACCAUUAUUUAAAAGAAGAGAAAUAAAAAAAAUAAAAAACUGCUUUCGUCAGUAUAAGAAUAUAUUUUUGUGAGUGCACUUGUAUCUUAUUAUCUGAUUCUUGCGUACAAAAAACCUCCGACAUUUUAUUCAUUCUUCUUAUAUCUUUUUACUUUAAUCUCAUCUUCUUUGCUUAUCUUACAUUCUUAGUUGUCUCUAGCCUUCUUCUCAACUUUUCUCGCUGAAAAAAUAACUUUACUAAAGUAUCUAAAAACUUAGUUCGAAAAUAAUUAUAUUUUAACUAGAUAUAGAAACUAAUUAAUUUGGACCACAUUAAGCUGGUGGAAGCUAGAAUGUCAAAACUUUUUGCAGCAUUAUCAUGCUUGACCGUCCUACGUAAUUAUGUUCAGACCUGUAUCUAGCUAGCUUUUUAGAUACUUGAGCAAGAUCAUUCUUUCCAUGUAAGCCUCUGGAUUGGUGGAUAGCGAGACGCGCAGGCUCCUCGGACACCCGGUAUUUUCCGGUCGCCUUCGUCUAAGUCCUUUUUCUCCGUGUGAUUCUCCGAAGCUCUUUCUCUUUCUCUUCCUCGCUCUCUUCCUCUCUCUUUAUUUCUCUGCGUUUCUCCCUUUCCCUCUCUCUCUCUCUCUCUUUCUCUGGUGUUGCACCAUAAAGUCCGACUCGUCGGCGUCGUCAUCUCGGGCGGCGUUAUGUACGGUCUGUAGCAGCGCAACGUGGCGGUGCACAAGACAGAUGUUGUCCCGAGGAGCAAAUAAAACCGGAGGGAAAAGGAAGCGGGAGACGAUGACGAUGACGGAAUGAGAUGACGCGGCGCGGCGCGGCGGCGGCGGCGGCGACAACGACGACGGAACGAGCGGAGAGGCUACCGCCUGCCGUUCCGUUCCACAUCCAUUACCUUUUGCAUCGCUCGGGUAAAAGCGAGAAACCCGGCCAAGGGAACACGCCGGACUUCGGACGGCGCGCACAAUUAAGAAAGCAAUUGAAAUAUGGAGAACGCAUACCUGCCCCGUCCCCCUCCCGCGUUCCUCCAUCCACUCUGCGAAAUUAAAAACAGAGCCGACGGAGACAGAGACUUCGAGUGUGUGAACUUUUCGUUUAUUCUCGUUGGUUUUCUCGGCAAGGAGAUUCAUUCUUUACGUUUCUCUCUCUCUCUUUCUCUCUGCGAUGUGCUUUGCAUCGCGCGGAAGGAGACACGAUCGAAGCCGCGAGGAUCGCGGCGGAUUGAAAAUUUCGUGCCGCGGCCGGCGGCACUCACGGUGCCGUUAGGCAACGGUGCAUCGCAUAGUCGGGGGAAUCGGAAUAUCGCCGCCGUGCGCCGACGAUCGGCAUAAAUAAUCGUCAUCCGAGCGCGAGAUAACAGCACGACAAUUCCUUCCGCGGAAGCGGAGGCGUAACGCGCGCCGUAUCGAAAACGCGCGCUCGCGUUUUCACGCACGUGACACUCCGGAUCCCCAUGCAGGUCGACUCGAAUCGACACGGGGCUGCAGCAGCGGCAGCAGCAUUCCCCGAUCGAGUCACUGGCACCUUUCCCGCACAGCUACGGGCGGCCGCGCGCUUUCGUUCUCCGAGAGAGAACCCGCGGGCGUAGUGAAUGCCGAUUACGAGUCGACUCACUUCCAGACGCGCCGCUCGUUCGAGAUAAUCCGGCGCGAUCUCGUGGAAAUAAUAUCAACGGGGGUUUCUUUUUUCCUCGUCUCGCGUCCACAGGGAAAAGGAUUCUACAAACGAUUUGUCAGAGAGACACCUGACAUCCGAGCGAUCCAUAUGGGCGAUCGGAUCUUCUCCUCCUCACUCCCCCUCCCUCUCCUGCGUCUCAUCGAGAGGAGGAAUUUAGCGACGGGAUUAAGACCGACGCGCGCAAUACGCGCUCGCUUACAGCUGCAAAACGGCUAUUUUGUAUGUUAAGUUAACGGUACGAUAACGGUCGUACACGGAUGUUAACUGCUGCGAUCUUUAAUGCCGCCGUGAUCGUUGGCCCAUUACUCAAAUUACUCGCCGUCGCUAUUACCGUAUGAGAGAGAAAGAGGUGCAUCGCGCCGCGGUGUCGAACGCGUGCGCGCGCGUUGCAUCGCUCCUCGCUUGAUUGAGUAGCGUAUUCGACCCGAUCAGUUUUUUAUUAUUGCGAAAAAGACGUUUUAACAAUAUUUAUUUAUUUUCUUUAUUGUUGUCACGAUCUCAUGACGACGGGAAAGAAUAUGACACAAAAUAUGACAUUGAAUUAGAAGUCUUUGUUAUCGAAAUAUUCUUAUAUUACGUAAAGUAAUGAUAUUAAUAAUAUAUUUAUUACUAGUAAUUUGUUAUGGGAGUGUCAGUAAGCGUCAAGAGAUAAUAUAAUAUGCCAUAUCAAUUCUGAAGUAUGCUAAUACAUCAUUACGAUCUCAAUGAAAUGAUAAGACAUGCUUCAAAUUUGAAUCCAAUCGAAAAAUUCUCAAAUCACGUAGAAUUUAACAAAUUUAUUAUUUAUUAUCAAUGUUAAAGGCAAGUUAAAACUGACAGAGUAAACACGCAAACAUCAUUUUAAUUAUUUUACAAAAAGCUACACAAACUAAAAUAAAAAAAAAAAAAAAAUUGUUAGUUGACACAUCGAAAAUGAUCCAAACCUAAGCCUAAGAUUGAAACGUUUGUAGCUUUUGUAAAAUAAGUAAAGAUUUUUACAUGAUUAACUAGUACGACAUACACUGAGAAAAAAAUAUGUAAUAUUUGUAAAAAAAUAUGAUCAAGAAUAUCAUUCUUAUGGUAAUUAUUACUUUAAUAUUGGUAAUAAUAUACUUAUAAUAAAUGCUUGUUUUAUGGUAAAUCAAUUAUAUUACAAUUUCUAUUUUGGCAAUCAUGCCAUAAGUUGCAUAGAUUAAUAUUAUGAUUAUGAAAACCUUAAUUAAUUAAACAAACUAUAAUUUAUAUUGUUGAACAACUUUGAAAUUAGGUUCAAAACUGGCCAUAAAUUAUAGAAAUAUGACUAUAAAAUAUUGUUCUUAUCUGUCAUUAUUAUUUAUUUAUUAAUUUAUCACGCGAGUGUUCGGUGAUACAAUCUCAGGCGUAACAUAACAUCACUUUAUUUUAAAAGCACGUUAAUCGAUACGAGAAAGGCGCGCGUGCAAUCGCAACGAAAUUCUUACUCUAUCGCGCGGCGUUUGCCACGCAGGUAAAUUGCACGUGAACGAGAUUUCAGGUAGGGUGUCCUCUGUCGCGACGGUGGCGGUCGGGAAAGGGUGGCGCAGGCGCGAGAGGACUUUCGCAGUCCCUUCGAGAGGGAAACCAACCCCCCUCUCGGCGGUUAUCCUCCACCGGGAGGAAGGACCGAAGUUUCCCUCAGUGCUUCCGCGCGCGCCGAGUACUCGCGAUCGUCGCGGCGCGUGCUUCCGCAUCCGAGGAUGCGCGUUCACGAAACCUUGGCGAACGAUCCUCCCCCGCCGACGAGUUAAUUGUCACCCAACAACGACAAGCGUGUUAGCCGCGUGAUUAACGAAAUUUUCACGAGGCGCGAGCGUCGGGUUCGUUUAAUCCGCUCGUCACUUCCGCGCGUACGCGCGAUCGAAAGUAAUUUAUUCGCGAUUACCGACGAACAUCGUCCUGAACCGCUUUGCCGCGAUGUUGUUGGAAAUCAGAUGGAAUAUUAAUUCACGGACGAAUCGACAAUGAAUUAUGAAACCAGCCUCGAGCGUGUCCGACAUUUCCGUUCGUUUCGAGCACAAACAAAAGCUUCCCAUUUCAUUCAAUUAAAAUAACAAAUGAAUUUUUUUUUACUACCGGCGUAUUUUGACAGUCGAAUAUAUUUCCAGAUUGCGACACGAAAAACGAAAAGACUUUCGUUGCGCGCAACGUAAAGGUAAAUUUACGUCUCGAAACUUCAGAGAUAACAAGAACCACCGUUCAAAGGAGGGAAUUUAAUUGACAGAAGGCUUUUGCAUUUAUUUGAUCGACUUGAAAGAGAAAAAAGGAGGUCCGCUCGCGUGGAAAAUAAAUAUUUCAAUUUACUCUUCGAGAGAGAGAGAGAGAGACGCGUUCUCUCCCGAGUGCAAAACAUUGCGCGCGGAUCUUCAAAGAGUUUCUCGAGAAUACCUUAUAUUCAUUAGUCGCGGAGAGUUCUCCCCGCCUGACUUUUUUCGCGUAUGCAAACCGGAGUGGAACGAGAGAGAGAUGCUCGCCGGCGUGCAACGCCGGGAAAGCCGUUGAACGCGGGGGUUACACGUUCGUACUCGUAACGUAAUCGUUAAAAACGGCAAUGUUUCGGGGAAAACGGUGAUACGGAACAAAAAAAAAAAAAAAAAAAAAAAAAAAAGAGGGUGAGAAUUCCGAGCAGCGAUCAUCGUUUCCGGGAUCCGCGAUCGAUAGCCGCUUUAUCGCCGCGAGGCCACCACCGCCACACCGGUGGUGGGGCGUUGAAAGUGCUCGGGGAAGGAAAAAAAAAGCAUGCAGCUACUUUCCAGCUUCAUGGGUCGGCACACGAAGCGAGGAGCCUCCUUGAAAAAAGGAAAGCGCGAGUUCAUCGAAGGCGGGUAUCCCAUUGGUAAUUGGCCGUAUUCAACGGGGGGUCCGAUCAGACCCCUUGGCAGUACCGUCGGCGGUGGUGGCGGCGGCGGCAGCGGCGGUGCGGCGGGGGGCACCAACAUGACACCCGACGAUCCCGCACCCGACGAAGAAUUCGCCCAUGCCGUCGCGCAAAAAACACAGAGAGAUGCAGAGGCAAUUCGCAGCGCACUGUAUCUCGGAGUGGCACUCGCGAUCACCUGGAUAAUAGGGGCGGCUGGUCUCUCGCUGGCGUGGCUGGUUCUGGUCCUGGCACUGGCGACGACUGUCGUUAAGGCGAGAGUCUCUCGGCUCCUUCAGACGGAACUGCAACAUGAACUGGCCAGGUUACGUAGGAGACGAGCCUUGUACAAAGACGAAACCGCCGAGUGGCUCACUUUGCUCAUCAACAAGUGGUGGAGAUUCAGCGCUGCCAGUAUAUUCUCUUUGGCGAAGGAACGACUGGAACCCCUCCUUAAUGAAGCCAAACCCGGUAUAUUAGGUCCAUUAGAAUUACGCGAACUCACUCUCGGCGAACAGACGCCGUGCAUCACGCGCAUCAGAACCCUCGAUUGCUGCAGCGACGACGAUCUUCCCAAUGGCCAACACUUCGGUCAGACUAAAUUGUCCAUCGAAGCGGACCUGCGGCUGGACUGCGAGCAAUUCCGCAUGCUCAUCACCACGCGGUUGUUUGGUAAAGGUGUGGGAAUGGACAUCGACCUGGCGGUGGAGAAGCUAUCGCUAUCCGGCACGAUUAUCGUCAACCUGACGCUGAACACCUCGGCGCCGUUUCCGCACGCGACCGGGCUCAGUGUAAGUUUCCUGGAGAAACCGGACGUCUGGUUCAGCGUAAGAAUCUUAAGAGCGGUGCAGAUGAUGGAGAUGCCGCUGAUCAAGACCUGGAUUCAUGCGGUGGUAACGGACGCUCUGGCUAGCUGGCUGGUCGAUCCGGGCCACUUGGAGCUGAACCUAAGAGCGCGAGAGCGACCAGGUCCUGUACUGGACAUCGUGACCAAUUCGUUGCCGCAAGGAGUACUGACCGUUGUUCUGUGCCAGAAUGGUUGUUCUGCGAGUGUCGCUGAUGAAGUGAGGUGGCUCGUAGUAACGGUGGGCGAUCAGAGGCGAAUUACCUCGAAUUUGAACUCCACAUGGACCGAGGACGUGUCUUUCUUGGUCGGGCCAUUAGACAACGAGAGGAUCACCAUCAAGCUGAAAGCGAAACGUCUCGUUAGUACGAUCACUCUGGCGCAGUUCGAAUUAGCGUUAGGAGUCUACGACUGGGAGAAUUCGCAGAUCGUCGAAACCGUGUUACAACAGAAGAAACCGUCUCGCAAUAGCGCUAACAUUCCGAACAUCAAUGCGCGAUUAGAAUAUACCACUCUGCCGCUCUUGGACCCCGAUUUACCGCAGCCAGAACUAAUGGCCGAUAAUAUGCAUCUUGCAGUGUCGCGAGACUCUUGCAACAAAGCGCACAAAGCAGGGGUAUUGGUGGUUUACAUUCACUCCGCUGAUAAUCUCCACGGCGAUACUGCUCAAUGCAAUCCUUAUUGCAUGCUCUUCAAUAAUCGGAAGAAGGUGAAAACGACACAUUACGUUCGGUCGACUACGUCCCCGGUUUGGGACUGUAGAGCACAAUUUUUGGUGCAGGAUUACACGCAAGUGUCACUGAGCUUCGUCAUUUAUUCAUGGAACAUAGUAAAAUCAAUGGACACGGACAUGCUUGGACUGGCCAUGUUAUCUCUGUCUCAGGACACGACAUGGAUCGUCAGAAAAGAUCUCACGCUCAGCGGUUCCAACAUCGCCUCCUCCAUGACGGUCUCCGUGCUAUUUUAUCCGGUCAAGAGCGUACAACAAGUAGUUAACAGUCGUAGAAGCAGCUUGGUCCCAAUCACGGUGGACGAAGAGCCAAAAAUCAAACGGAACAGUUUACCGUGGAUGCAACAGGCGAAGCUGUUAUUAACGCACAAGGAUACCGAUCCCGCCUCCUCCGAUAUAUCCAGCCUCCUAUCUACUGGAAGCGGUUUAAUGGAGGUGACGUUGUUACGCGCUAAGGAUCUCGUUGCGAAAGAUCUGAACGGCUUCAGCGAUCCUUUCUGCGAACUAAAGUUAAACAACGAAACGAAAUACAAGAGCAGCAUAAAGAAGAAGACACUGAAUCCUUGCUGGGACGAAAGUUCCAUCAUGGGCUUGCCGAAGGCCGGGGAAGCUUUAGAUAUCUUAUUAUGGGAUCAUGAUACUUUCGGCAUGAAGGAUUACCUUGGGAAAGUAUCACUGACUCUCGACGAUAUCAGAAAGCUAUCGAACAGCGAUCAGUCCCAUUGGUUUCCGCUCAGGGAAACCAAAACGGGAUCUAUAGAGCUGAAAAUCAAGGUCUUGUCGGAAGAAUGCGAGACGCAAAGCACGUACGCGACCAGCAAUAUCAGCGACAAUUCUUCUCGUUUAAACGCCGAGCCUGAUUCCUUGUCGAGCAUCGUGCGAAGGCCUUCCAUGGAAAAAUCUAAAAUACGUUUGCACUUGGAUCCAGUUGUACCGCCACCACCUCCGCCGCGCACCGUCACCCUCCUGAAGCCGACUACGUCCAAUCAGUCCGAUAAAAUUAGCAUCACCAGUAAAGAGUCCAACGAAAUAAACGGAACAUCGAGCUUCUGGAUUCCGAAAGUUAUCACGGAAUCGGUCGCGGAUAAUUCUGUCGACGAGUCCGACACCGCCAAAGUGAUCGCGGAGAGGCGGUCCUCCCAUCACAGUUUGACCCCCAGCCCCGAGCAGAGCUUCAGCAAGAAGAUACCGCAAUACAACAGCUUUCGCAUGAUGAAGCAGAAGGUGAAGAGGGGUUUAAAACUUCGUAGAUUCCGUUCAGAAGUGACUAUAGAGGAUAAGAAUGAUAACAAGGGUAUCACGCUGAGCCUGGAACCCAGAGGCGGCGGGGAGGCCGACGCCACGGAGCUCUUGUCGGAAUCCGGUCUGGCUCACGCGGUGUCGCAACCAGACAUGCUGGGCAGGAUAAGGCAGCCCAGUCCGCGGUUAAGAUUGAGGCCGAAUGAUUUAAAAAUUGUUAACGGCACUAGAGAGAAGUAUUCCGGAGUGGAGGGAAAAGUUCUUCAGGCACAGGGUCUCCACGUAGCGCACAUCGCCCAACUGUACUGCCGAGUAAAGCUUCAAACGUGUGUCAGUCCGGAUAAAAUUGCCUCGCCUAGCGGCGGUAAGACCAUCGCGAAAUCGCGGCUUCUGCCAGCUAUGCCUAAUCCUCAGUUCAGCAUAGAUUUCCAUAUAGACGGCGACGGUGUGCCGAGGCAGGCGUUGCUCAUAUUCGAGAUCAGGAGUGCCAGCAAGGAGUUGUUGGCCAGUCGACGUAUAACUCUACACGAAUUGCUAGGUGUGUCCGCAGCUACCGACGAGAUUCACACGUGGUUGGCGUUGAAUAACGGCGCCUCGUUAGAAGUACAAAUCGCUCACGGAAGGGAGUUUAAGAGUAAAUCGGCGAAAAAGUUAUUUCGCUCUUGGUCUGUUCAUCGGAUAGGGAAAAUAUGAAAUCUAAAGAAAACCAGACACUAAGGAGUUCAAGUUCGAGAAGGCGAAUCUCGUCAGCAUUUGCCGUUAUGUUGAUAGGGAAUGGAUAAAGAGAAUUUUUAUACCUCGUUAAUGCGGUUUAAUGAGGAAUAUUUUUUUGCAAACCGAUUAUCUUUUAUAAGCUGUAUAGAAAAAUUCUUAAUAUCAUGUCCAGCCACUCAAUGUAUUAAGACUUCAAUAGCAUUCCAUAUAACAUUCAACUUGUUUUGUAUGAAUAUAUUAAUUUAUGAGAAUUUAUUAUCUAAAAUAUAACUUUUGA